ACAGAUACCAGGUGGGUUUAUUAACUGCGGUCUUAGUGUUGCUGCGGCGCAACUGACGUCACUUCGUUCCACCCCGUCAACUCAGAAUUCACUGGAAACCGAGAGAUCGCAGUCAUGCCGUCCUCUCCCAACAUUAGCGAGUAUCGCAUAGUUUUACCAAUGACUGUUGAUGAGUACCAAGUUGGACAGCUGUGGUCUGUAGCUGAAGCCAGCAAGAAUGAGACCGGAGGAGGGGAGGGGAUCGAAGUGAGGGUAAACGAACCAUUUGAUGAGAACAACUACCCACCAGAAAGUCCCCUACUCCCCCUAACCCCUGGGGGACCUCCCUUAACAAAGGGCCAGUACACCCACAAAGUGUACCACUUAGCAAGUCGUGUCCCAGCCUUUAUUCGACUGAUUGCUCCCAAAGGAUCACUAGAGAUUCAUGAGAAGGCUUGGAAUGCCUAUCCCUACUGUAGGACCAUUGUGACGAACCCUGACUAUAUGAAGGAGAAUUUCUACAUCAAGAUUGAGACAAUGCACUGUCCAGACAGGGGAACUCAGGAAAAUAUACACCAACUUUCCCCUGACGAUUUGAAGAUUAGGAAGAUAGAAAACAUUGAUAUUGCUAACGAUCCUAUCAAGUCCUCUGAUUACAAAGAAGAAUGGGAUCCUUCAAAAGUGAAAUCUGAGAAAACUGGAAGGGGUCCCCUACAGGGAGACUGGAAGAAAACCUGUGAACCUGUGAUGUGCUGCUAUAAAUUAGUGUCAGUCAAAUUCAAGUGGUUUGGUCUACAAAACCGUGUGGAGAAGUUUAUUCAAACACAAGAAAAGAGAAUAUUCACGAAUUUCCACCGACAAGUUUAUUGUUGGCUAGAUAAAUAUCAUGGUUUAACAAUGGAUGACAUUCGAAGAAUAGAAGAACAAACAAAGAAAGAACUAGAUGAGGCUCGCAGUAAAGGUGAAAUACGUGGAACCACAGCUGCCGAUGAAAAAGAGUGAUAACAUUAGCAUUCUAGGUCAUUCCAAUCGCCAUGACAACACCCAGUGGACAACAUUGUCACUGACCUUUCACAAAAUGUCCAUUUUUGAAAAGAGAAAAUAUUUUCUGUAGAUCCCUUUUUGUAUUUUUUAAAUGAGAUUUUAUUGAUGAUAAAUUUUGAGAAUUCACCAUAUUGAGUGUGAGGAGAGAUGACCAAUCUCCGCCAUCACUGGACUGUAAUUUAAGGUUGUAGACCAUGUCUUAGACUGUCCACUCUGUGGGGAUACCACCCUUUGUGAAUACAAAGGGAGAUAAUCUCAUAGUUGUCAUGUGCUUUAUUUUUUUCUUUUUUUGUUAAGGUUUAUGUAUUAUUUAUUGAGAUUCUGGCUUUUGAAUGCAACAAUGUAACAAUAUUUUUUUUGUUUAUCAAGACUUGUACUGCUGCUGUAGAAAUAUAAAAUGUCAGAAUACGGGAUUCUUUCAUAACCAUGGCAACAUUUUCUUCUUUGUUAAUGAUACUCAUCUUUAAAGUUUCCUUUCAUAUCCUAGCUCUUAUAAUUCAAUAGUGUUAACAUACCAUAGAUAAUUCAAUAGGGUUUACACCAGAGAUAACUUAUUUGUAUUAACCACACGAAAGGUAAUUGGAUAUAUUAACACCAGAGAUAAUUGGUAAUGUUAAAACCAGAGAUUAUUGUAUAAUGUUAACACACAGUUAAUAUCGCCCGUUACAGUUGGUUGUGGUUGGCACAAAGUUGUCUGGUAGGGGCUGAUAUCUGGUGGACACUUAAUAAUUGUCUGUGUUGGACACUGUGAAAGUUUGGGGCUGAGUUAUCUGUGGUGGACACUAUAUUUUUGUCUGUGAUAGAGACAGUAGCGGUUUGCGGUGAUCUGUGGGUAGGCUGGCUUCCUGUCCAGUGACAACAGCGACCUCUACUAUAGUCAGACAACACUAUUGAACAUAAGUGCAAUAUAAAAGCCCAUCUUAAAGCAACACAAUGAAAUCCUUACUUAUCUUGAUACAGAACACAUAAUAAUCAUGCAUUACCAUUGAUGUGUAAAUUGUAAUAAAGGUGAAAACUUACAAUUAA